AUGGCGGCUCGCAAGGGCACGUGUGAAAAUGGGGAGCCCAUGGAGACCGAAUCCCGUGAUGCCCCGAGCGAUCGCCCGGCUGAGGUCUACCUGCCCGGUCGGGGGCCGCCGCUGGGCGAAGGCGAGGAGCUCGUCAUGGACGAGGAGGCCUACGUGCUGUACCACCGCGCGCAGACCGGCGCCCCUUGUCUCAGCUUUGACGUUGUCCGCGACCACCUGGGAGACAAUCGCACUGAGCUGCCUCUGACUCUUUACCUGUGCGCUGGGACCCAGGCGCAGAGUGCCCAGGGCAACAGACUGAUGAUGCUUCGAAUGCACAAUCUGCAUGGAACCAAGCGAACGCCAUCUGAGGGCAGCGAUGACGACGAUGACGAGGAGGAUGAAGAGGAUGAAGAAGAGAGGAAGCCUCAGCUAGAACUGGCUAUGGUUCCCCAUUACGGUGGCAUCAACCGAGUCCGUGUGACGUGGCUGGGCGAAGACCCAGUAGUGGCGGUGUGGUCCGAGAAGGGCCAGGUGGAGGUGUUCACUCUGCGGCCGCUGCUUCGGGCUGUGGACGAUGCACAGGCCAUGGCUGCCUUCCUGCGGGAUGAGCAGGCCCGCAUCAAGCCCAUCUUCAGCUUCGCUGGCCACAUGGGCGAGGGCUUUGCCCUGGACUGGUCGCCCCGGGUGCCCGGCCGACUGCUGACUGGCGACUGUCAGAAGAACAUCCACCUCUGGACACCCGCGGAUGGCGGCUCCUGGCAUGUGGACCAGCGGCCCUUCGCUGGCCACACGCGCUCCGUGGAGGACCUGCAGUGGUCCCCAACAGAGGACACGGUCUUUGCCUCUUGCUCAGCCGAUGCCUCCAUCCGCAUCUGGGACGUCCGCGCAGCGCCCAGCAAGGCCUGCAUGCUGUCCACGGCCAACGCACACGACGGGGACGUCAAUGUCAUUAACUGGAGCCGGCGCGAGCCCUUCCUGCUGAGUGGGGGCGACGAUGGCGCCCUCAAGGUGUGGGACCUGCGGCAGUUCAAGUCCGGCUCCCCCAUAGCAACCUUCAAGCAGCACGUGGCGCCCGUGACAUCGGUGGAGUGGCACCCCCAGGACAGCGGGGUGUUCGCCGCAGCGGGCGCAGACAACCAGGUCACGCAGUGGGACCUGGCGGUGGAGCGGGAUGCGGACGCAGGUGCCGCCGAGACGGAGCCGGGCCUGGCCGACCUGCCCCAGCAGCUGCUGUUCGUGCAUCAGGGCGAGACGGACCUCAAGGAGCUGCACUGGCAUCCACAGUGCCCCGGGGUGCUGAUCAGCACCGCCCUGUCCGGCUUCACCGUCUUCCGGACCAUCAGCGUGUGACCAAGUGCUGGCCCAGCCAUGUUUCUCCAGAGGAAACGCAUUCGGACCCAGGGCCGCCAUCUCACUGGGACAGACACACACACACCCCUUCGGAGUCACUGGUCCCAUCACAUGACUCUGAAGCCCUUGGGGCUGGUUCGGGGUCCCCAUCACAGGCUCUGUAAAGGCGCUGGGCCAACCUGCCCAUUGGCGCCACAAAGACUCAGCCCGGUGCC